GCCACAGUUCAAUAAACUAGUCAUGUAAAAUAGCUAACUCACUUGUGCAUGUGUUUUAUUUAAUAAGAAAAGGCUUCAAACUCAAAAGAUGUUCGGCGGAGACGAUGAAGACGGGGACUUCUUGUCUCCCACAGGAGGUGGUGUGACUGCACCGGGGAACAAGAGAUCAGGGAUAACCCAGGACGGAAGUGUUGGAACGUAUGCUAGAAAGAUUUUGACUCACACAUGCAAAUGGACUGCCCCUCCUCAUCCCAGUUCUUUACCAUCGGACAUGAGAGCUUAAAGGCUUUCAACAUGUCAGUUCUGGGAGAUGCCAAUGAUUACCAGUGGAAGGAGUUCCAGGGGGCCAAGUUGGCCUCCCUGUUUGGACUAGACCAGGAAGCCAGUCAGGGAAAUGAGUCAUUCCAGUACACAGCGCCAAAACAGCCCAGAAAGAGCUCCAAUUCAGCACCAGCCGCACAGAAAUCAGCUCCACCACCUGGAGCUCCUGCAGUUUUAUUCGCCACACCAGUCCAAGCCUUCAGAUGUAUUAACGGACAGUAUGUGAAGCAGGGCAAGUUGGGAGCAGCCGUACUGGGCAACCACACAUCAAAAGAGUACAAGCUUCUUCUGUACCUGAGCCAACAGAAACAAGUGACAAUUGCCAAGAUUCAUAUGGGCUUUGUUUUCACGGUACAGCCAAACAAUUACUGCACUUUUUAUGAUGACCAGAGGCAAAACUGGUCCCUAAUGUUUGAAUCAGAGAAAGCUUCAUCAGACUUCUGCAAAGAGGUAUGUUUGGCGAAGGCAAACAGCGCAGCCUCUUUAGAUGCUGUGGUGAUUCAGGAUCUGAGUCUUGGUGAGGGCCAGGCGGUAGAGAAUGGAGACUCUUUGGAGGUGGUGUAUACAGGCUGGCUCCUGCAGGACCACGCCAUCGGACAGAUGUUUGACUCCAACCAGAACAAGGACAAGUUGCAACGAGUGAAAGUUGGAACUGGAAAACUGAUCAAAGGCUGGGAGGAAGGAAUGCUGGGGAUGAAGAAGGCAGGCCGUCGUCUCAUUGUCAUCCCACCCAGCCUAUCUUACGGAUCCAAGGGAGUCCCCAACCGUGUCCCGGCUAACAGCACUCUUAUUUUUGAAGCAGAGCUCCGACGGGUUAAGUUUUCCAAGGACAGUGGGUCUGACAGGGCCAGUGCCAGCUCCAGAGACUCUGCUGCUCCCUCCCCUGCUCCUUCCCCAGCCCCCAGUGUGGAGAAUCUGGUCCCAGAGCCCGCAGUACAGACCACCGCCUCAGGUCCAGGCAGACCAGGGGAGCCACCACUUCGUGCAAAGUCAAACUCGCUCAGUGAACAACUGGCAAAUCCAGAUGCCACAAAAGCCAAGCUGAUCUCUCGCAUGGCAAAGAUGGGCCAGCCCAUGUUGCCCUUUCUGACAGGAGUGGCCAGCCAGCCCGAAUCCAGUGACUCUGAGCUUGAGGACACCAGUAACAGCAGAGUGAAGGAUCGGUCUGCGGCUCCAUCUCCAGUGCAGAUCUCCACUGCUGCUCCAGUUUCAGCACACGGUUUUCCUGCAGUACAUCCUCAUCCUCACACUGCUCCACCUUCUGCCUUACUUCCUGUUAUGACCACUGUUGCCCCACAGCCUGGGCUGACAGGCAACAGCCAUGCCUUUCAGACCUCUGUGACUGCAUCUCAUCUCCAGCCUGUUGGCCACGUCUACCCUGCACAAACUGUCCCAUACAUGGGCUCCAGUGAUGUGACUUCCUUCUUGAUGACUGAGGCCCGACAACACAACACAGAGAUCCGAUUAGCUGUUGGAAAAGUAGCAGAUAAAGUGGAUCAUCUGGCCUCAAAGAUAGAUGACCUUCAAAGGCAGGGAAGUCUUUCCAUGGGUGUGUCUAGUAUGUCGAUGGAAACCUCCAUGAUCAUGCACAACAUCCAAAGAAUUGUCCAGGAAAAUGAAUGUUUAAAAAAGGAAGUUUUUGAGAAAAGCUCUCGCAUUGAUGAGCAAAACCGCAAGAUCGGGGAGCUCAUCAACCAGAACCAGAGGUACAUGGAGCAGAGUAACCUGCUACUGGAACAGAGGAAUGACUCCCUCAAGUCAUCCAGUGAGCAGAACCAGGCCAGAUUACUGCAGGCUGAGCAGGACAAGCAUGCACUGCCUCAGGACCUGGGCUCCGGCCAGGUUCGUCUGACAGAGGAUCUGGCUUCGUCCACGGCCCGGCUGUCUCAGGUGCAGCUGGAAGCUUCAGCUCACCAGCAGAAGGCCGCGGAGCUGCAGAGUAAACUGAACUCAGCGCUGCAGGACAGUGAGAGCCACAGCCAACGCAUCGCUGCCCUGGAAGCACAGCUGGAAAAGCUGAUGGAGGCAGUAGAGAGGGCCCAGGCUCAGUACCGCUCAGAGAAGCAAAGACGCAAAGAGAUGGAGCUGAAAGUCAACAACAUGGAGGAGGAACUGCAGGACCUAAAGACUGAUAAAGAGAGCCUAGAACGUAUGCUUUCGGAAAGGAAGAAGAAGUGGCUGACUGACCGUCAGCGUCGGGAUGAGGAGGUGGAGGAGCUCCGCAAGAGCAGCCAGCAGGAGCUCGACAACCUCCGAGCUCAACUUCGCAAGGCCAGGACCAGCACUGAUAACACUGCAUCUGAACAGUUGUCUAAGCUGCAGGCGGAGCUGGAGGAGGAGUGGAAGGGGAAAUGUGAUCAGAUGAUGGCCUCUGCUAAAGAGCAGCACAGUAGAGAGCUGGCUAAUCUAACAGAGCAGAGAGAUGCUCUGCAAGACAAGCUUACCCACCUACAGGAAAAGUUAACGAUUCUGAAGCAGUCAAGAGAUUCAGAAAGUUUGCUACAGCACUGCGGACAGACUGAAGAGCCGCAAGCCCUUCACGAAAAAUACACAGCCUUGGAGCGGCAAGGAGUAGCUGUUAAGGAGAAACUGGAAAGAAGAGUGGCUGAACUGGAGCAGAAACUGACAGAGCAGGAGAGUUUAAGAGACACUGCAACAGAGGUUAAGCGUGUGAUGAACGGAGUGUUUCAUUCUUUGCGAGGGGAGUUUGACCUCAGUGAAUCUUACAGUGGGCAGGCUGUGCUGGGGGUGAUUGUCACUACCAUUAAGAAUGUAACCCUGCAGCUGCUCAGUGUCACAGACAGAUCUUCACUGAAUCCGAGUAAGAAGAAAGAGGAAGUGGAGGAAGAGGAGGAAGAAGAAAGUGAUGAUAUGAAACAAAGAGAGGAGGUAACUCAUCAGAAUGUACAUGUGAAUGGAGAGAAAGAAAUCAAAGAGGAUGAAAAGGAAGAAAAAGAGCAUGUAGCUGAAUCGUAUUCUCACCAAGACAGUGAGAUCCAGAUGGAUCAGGAAGUAGCAGCAGAGAAGGAGACAGAGACAGCGUUAAAGAUACAAAGUGAGGCAGAGACAUUAGAGACCACUGGUCUCCAUCCACAAACACCACAAGAGACAGCAGCAGCAGAGUCUGAAGUACAGCAGGAACAGCCAGAACACUCUGUUGCUGAAACAUCUACAGAAGAAAAAGACACCAACAAGUAUGCAGAUCGAGAUGGUGAACCUGGUGAGGGUUCACCACCUGAGGAUGGACAGGAAACGGUGUCAAAAAGAAAUGCUGCAGUGAGCAGUGAGGUGGACAAAGGGACCGUGGACGAAGGAGAGCAUGUAGGAGAAAUUAAUGCUGCUUCUCAAAAAGCCUUUGGACCCCCAACUGACCCACCUCCACUACCGAAUGCACUUCAGAACAGCUCAGGAGAGGACAAAAGUUUUACGGGGGCAAUGGGUGAGGAUAAUGGAGAGGAGCCAUUUUUCCAGAUCACAACUCCUGCUGAAGCACCCGAAGCACCCGGCGAGGAGGAAGAGGAGGAUGAGAUGAGCUUGAAGGGGCGUCCCCCCCCUGCCCCUUUGUUUGGUGAUGAUGAGGAUGAUGAUGAUCUGGACUGGCUGAACUGAGAUGGAACCAGAAUAAUACAAGUCUGCAUCUUAAUUUUCAACACAAAAACUGGCGCGAUGUGCUUUACCAGCUGUGUCUGCUGCAUGGUGGAGCAGUUAAGAUGACGAGAGAGGCCUUUGCUGAUGACCUUGAUUGGAUGGAGAAGUCAGACAGCCUGGCUCUUCACCUGUGUGUUGUCAUGCUGACUGACAGCUGCUGCCACAGCAUCCUGAAGGACAAAGCUACAAUUUCAGGCUCUGAUUUUGAUUGAAAUAACAAGCCUGUAAUUCACAGAAGAAUCAAACCAUACUUUUAAAUAAUUAUGUGAUAUCUGUUGGUGAUGCAAUUGAAUUCCAAAUUUUUACAUGGCACUGUAGCAGUUGAUUUGUUGAAUCAACAGUAAUACUGUUGUUAGUGGUUUCAGACUGUACCAUUACAGGUUAAUUAUUAGCUUGCUGCUUUAAGAAUAGAACUUUUACACAAUUUUGCUAACCAGAAAUGAAUUCCAGAAAAUAAAUGACAUUGAAAAACGGG